UAGUCCUUUAGUUUUCUCCCUGGUGUUUAUCACCGUCUGACUUACUACAGACUUGUAAGUUUGUUAUCUGUCAUCCAACACCCACCAACAUAUAAGCAGCCUCCAUGAGGUCAGGGACUUCAUUUAUAGCUACACCCUCAGGGCUAUAAUAGUGCGUGGCACACAGUAGGUACUCAGGAAAUAUUUGUUGAAGGAAUGCAUUGCUGUGGCCAUGGGGUGAGGUACUAUGAUUGACAGCCCACUCUGGAGGAAGCACGUGGGUAGAGUGGGAGGGGUUCUCCAGAGAAAUUAGGGAGCAUGGUGCACAAACAAGGCUGCUGGGAGAAUCAGUGAGAGCUGGGACCCCCCCAGUCUUAAUAGUCUGAUACUUCCCACAUUCGCAAUUCCUCUAUUCUUCACAACACCCUGGAGAGGUAGAUAUUACUAUUCCCAUUUUAUAAUUGAUGCAACUAAGGCACAGAGAGGCUAGGCAGUAUAUGAAGGCCACAGAGGGCUUCAGGAAAGGGUCCAAGGCCAAACUCAUGUGUAUGGACUCUGUCGCUGCAUCUAUUUCAUCCCUAUCCUACGGUGCUCACUAAACACCAAGGGGCAUGGCAUCCCCUGGCCCCGCUUCUCGCCCUCAUUUCCCAAAAGCCCCCACCAGUGUCAACCAAGUGAGAGAAGCCAGCCCCAGCCUUCCUCUGCUCCCCAGGCUCCAGGGCGGGCAAUGCCAGGAAGGGUUAACAAGGAGUGUUUGUAGCAGUCACUGUCUCCAAGGAGAGGAAAGCAGAGUGGAGAGGCCGCCAGCCAGACUCCAGGCUGGCCGGUGGUGGGUGGGAUGCAGCUAGCACAGCCUGUCCAGCCCUGGGGGGAGAAAGGAGUGUCCUCACCUCCAUCUGUCCUGGGAGGUGGCGACCUCUGAGCAGACUGGGCAGCUGGGGUGUGAGGUCGCUGCAGGGCUACCAAGUAGGAAAGUUCUGGCAGGGACUGAGGAAUGGGGAGGGGGAGGGGGCAGGCCUGGCCCAGCCCAGUGGCGGCAGUGACCGUGGCUGAAGCCAGCGGCAAGUAGCAGAGCCGUCCUGGGCUCUCGGAGGACAAGGGGAACCCCCGAGUCAGGGAGAACCCAGCAGGUGGUAGGAGUGAAGACACAGCUGUGGGAGAGAGGAGGCAGCUGCCCCUUCCCCGGCUGGUGGUCCAGCCAUGGCCCAGCCUGGGGUUGGCAGGAGGAGGCCUGGGACCCCGAGGCCUCCGGUGAGCAGCAUCCGGCCCUUUAAGUCCAGCGAGCAGUACCUGGAAGCCAUGAAGGAGGACCUGGCCGAGUGGCUUCGGGAUCUCUACGGGCUGGACAUCGACGCGGCUAACUUCCUGCAGGCGCUGGAGACGGGCCUGGCGCUGUGCCAGCAUGCCAACGCCGUCACUGAGGCCGCCCUGGCCUUCCUGGCUGAGGCACCUGCCGGAGCCCAAAGCAUUCCCCUGCCCCGGGCCGGGGUCUCCUGCAAUGGGGCCGCCCAGCCAGGCACCUUCCAGGCCCGGGACAACAUCUCCAACUUCAUCCAAUGGUGCCGCAAGGAGAUGGGUAUCCAAGAGGUGCUGAUGUUCGAGACGGAUGACCUGGUGCUGCGCAAGAACGUGAAGAACGUGGUGUUGUGCCUGCUGGAGCUGGGCCGCCGGGCCCGGCGCUUCGGCGUCGCGGCGCCCAGCCUGGUGCGGCUGGAGGAGGACAUCGACCAGGAACUGCGGCUGGAGCUGGCCCUGCCCCCGCCCCCGCCCCCGCCCGACCCCCCGCCGCCGCCCGAGCCCCCCACGCGCCCGCCCUGCCACUUCCGCAACCUGGACCAGUUGGUUCAGAGCCUGGUGAGCCGCUGCACGUGCCCGGUUCAGUUCUCCAUGGUCAAGGUGUCCGAGGGGAAGUACCGCGUGGGAGACUCCAACACCCUCAUCUUCAUCCGGAUCCUCCGGAACCACGUGAUGGUGCGUGUGGGGGGCGGCUGGGACACACUCGGUCACUAUCUGGACAAACAUGACCCCUGCCGGUGCACAUCCCUCUCACACAAGACGGGCAGCUUCCUGAAGCCCCCUGUCCCACUGGUGCAGCAUGAAGUGAGGGUGGACGAUGGGCCCUCACAACCCCAGCCUACAAUGACCAUCAGCCGCUCCCAGAGCCCCCUGCCCUCCGUGGACUGGAAGACAUACACCUCUUCAGGUCGAAAGCAGAGGCCCCCUGCUGCCUUCUCCCCUACACCCCACCGUGAACGGAGAGCAGGGGCAGGGAUCCUCAGAGAGACAGCACCAUUCCCGAGGUGCCAGGAGAAGUCACUCGCCCCGUCUUGGAAGCAGCUGCCAGAUGGGGACAGCCCCCCGAGCCCCCAGUCCUCACCUACUCCCAGGGGCCGAGGCACACGGUGCACCUCCUCAGGGAAGAGGGAGGACAGAUACCCCCCUGAACUCCCCAGGAGAAGGACUCCCACAUCUUGGGUUCAUGAGGAGACAGACAGCUGGGGAACUCGUGCCAGGACCCCCAUCCCCCAGGGACUCCAAGCCCCUGAGGCCACUACCACAGGGACACCAGCAGGAGGAGCAUCUCCCCUGCCUUGUUCCUCCAGCCCAGCCAAGCCUGUGGGCCCCAGGCCACCCCCCGGGGAUGAGGCCGAGGGUGCCUCCUCCCAGCUUAGGGAGACAGCAUCUGUCCAUUCUCCAUCCCCUGUUAAAGGACCCACCAAGAUCCUGGUCCGCUUGCCCCCAGCUUGCCCCCCGACUCUGGGAAGAAGCUUUCCAGGGACUGCAAGUGGAGGUCCCAGGACAGAACUGGGGAGAGGGCCCAUUCCAUUAAGGGCCGUCACUGGGGACCUGUCUGGGUCCAGACAUGGGGACUGCUCUGUGGAAGAGAGGCAAGAGGACCAGAAGCUGGAUGUCCAGGUGACAGCAGAGGCCGGAGAGCCCUGGGGCCUGGGCCCACAGCACCAGGAGGGGAGGUGCACUCCCCUGCCCUCGGGUGGGAUCAAGGAGCAAGCCAUCCACCACAGCCUUGGGGAGCAGCUUUCGGCCAGCAUGAAGCUGCUAGAGGUGGCCGCUGUCUGCCCCCAGGGCGCAGCGUCUGGAGUCGUUCCUCGCAGUGGAGUCUACGUGCCCAGUCUGGGUGGGCGGUGGCCUGAGCCUGGGGGUCCUUAUGACAAAGUCAUCCAAGAACUGGCUCAGGGCCCCCCACCCCUCCUUAAGGUGGACCUGGGAGCCUGGAAGGCAGCCCCUACAGGCUGCCCUAAGCCGGCUGUAAGUGCAGGCCCAGGAAGCCCAAAACGGAAACUGGGAGCCGAAGAGAGUGGGCUGAGGACGAAAGCAAGCCCAAGUGCCAAGGGUGCCGGGACAACGAAGGUCCCAGCUCAAAGGGGGCAGGACUGCUCAGCCCCUGCUGUGUCUGCCACCCCAGAGCCCUCCACACCUCCGCCCUCCGCCCCCAGUUCUGAUAAAGCCAAGGCAUGUCCAGGCAAGGGCAAGAGAACACUCCGGAAGCCCCGGAGAGUCCCAUCCAUCUACAAGCUGAAGCUCAGGCACAGGAUUCGGCCCCGGAGAGACCACAGGCCCGAGAAGCAGCCUUCACGAAUCCCCAAGCCGUUGACCUACCUCCACCUGGGUCCAGCCAAGGCACCCCCCAGGGGCAGGCUGGUGAGAGCAGUGCUGGGCAGCAAUGGAGGGAAGGCAGCCCUGGGGGCUGGAGCCUCGGCGGGGGAGAAGGAGGAGGGAGAGGAGAGGAAGGGGCCAGCUGCACCCCUGGGGAGCAGCUCCCCGCCUUUGGAGGGCCAGGGGCCUCAGCAGCUUGAUCAAGCCCCCGCCUCACCUGAGGAGGAGUCGUGGGUGUGAGAAGGCGCUUCUCCUCCCCGAGCCUGUGGGUAUAGAGGAGGAGGGAAGUGAAAAGAUGCCCGUGUAUUCGUUGCACUCCCAACUGCAGGAACAGAAAGGAAGGUCCCUCACCUCGAUACAGGGCCUUGGCCAGGAGAGUUUAGAAGACAAACAGAGACUCCAUCUGGCCCGUUGAGCAGGAGGGCAACCCAUGAGUCCCAGUCCAAUUCCAGGGUGGUAGGGCUACUGUCUCCCAGAACAGCUCCCCAAAUUCCUGUGCUCUGUCCUCCGGCCAUGCCCAUUUCCACAGCUCUUCUAAGUUGUUAAACAUGA